GGCAGGAGGUGUCACUUGGUUGCAGGUACACAACAUGGGAAACAAACUGACCACGACUCCAGCGACAAUAUCUGAUCCUCCUCCUCCUUACAGCAUCAGUGUGCCGACACUCCCUCCAAAUGUGCCACAACCUCUUUAUGACAACAUCAGCCCACUACCUCAGACCUCGAAACCCGCGGCUCAGGUGGUGUCGACGCAGGCAUUGCCAGAGGAAGCUCCUGGAAUGAUGUUCUGCCCUUUCUGCCAGACCACAGUGGUCACCACAGCCAAAAGUGUCACUGGAAGCCACCAGUGGCAUAUUUGUAUUUCCCUUUCAUUGGCAUUCCUCUUCUGUUUUGCCUGGAUCCCAUUCUUGGUUGAUGCCUGGAAGGAUGUGGAGCACAGCUGUUCCAGGUGUGGGCGAGUCAUACACAUCUACAGAAAAUGACGAGGCAGUCUGAGCUGUAAUUGUACACCCUCAUGUUAGCACUUGGUGGUGAUCAGUGAAUAUCGCAGUUGCAUUCCAAUAACAGUAACACCAUC